AGGAACCAGUUAGCGCAGGUCAAGUCCCUACCCGGACUCAUUUUUUUUCAGUCCUCAGGAAGUAGGGGGCUCUCUGAAUCCACUUGCCGGAAGUGCCUUUCCAGUAGACCUGGGCUAUUGUUGCGGUUGUUCUCCACCUCUCCGUGCAACGCUGAAAAGCCCCUGAUUCAGUGCCUCCACUUAGCUGCAACAACUCGUUAAUCAGAACUGCCUGGCAUCUUCCUAAACAAGACUUUCAAUAGGGGCCAGUAUGCUUCGCUUCAUCCAGAAGUUUUCUCAAGCAUCUUCAAAGAUGCUGAAGUGCUCUUUCCCAGUGGGACUAAGAGCCAGCAGAACAGAUACACUUUCUCUCAAGAUGUCUCUCCAGCAGAACUUUUCCCCAUUUCCAAGGCCUUGGCUUUCCUCAUCAUUUCCGGUGUAUAUGAGCAAGACACAGUGCUAUCAUACAUCCCCCUGCAGCUUUAAAAAGGAGAAGCAAGCACUUCCAGCCAGGUCACCAAGCACCAUCAGUUACAUAACUGACAGCCCAAAGCCAGCAUUAUAUGUAACUCUGGCAGGACUAAUCCCCUUCGUUGCUCCACCACUGGUCAUGCUGAUGACAAAAACUUAUAUUCCCAUAUUAGCUUUUACUCAGAUGGCUUAUGGAGCCAGUUUCCUAUCUUUCUUGGGUGGGAUCAGAUGGGGUUUUGCUCUACCAGAAGGUAGUCCAGCCAAACCAGACUACCUUAAUUUAGCCAGCAGUAUAGCUCCUCUUUUCCUUUCAUGGUUUGCCUUCCUUAUUUCUGAAAGACUUAGUGAAGCCAUAGUCACAGUAAUAAUGGGUAUGGGGAUAGCAUUACACCAUGAAUUUUUUGUCUUACCACAUUAUCCCAACUGGUUCAAAGCCCUGAGGGUAGUAGUCACUUUAUUGGCUACUUUUUCAUUUAUAACCACUUUUGUAGUUAAAAGUAUUUUUCCAGAAAAAGGACAUAAGAGACCUGAUCAAGUAUAAAAAAUAUAAAAAUACACUAUAGAUAACAUUAGUAUGCCGGCUACACCUUCUUCUACUUCUGUUUGGCUCUUUUUUCCCACACCAAUGGUAAUUUAUUCUUCAUAGAUUGUUCUUCAUUUCUAGAAGUUGUUAUUUCAUAGUAAUUACUUGAGCAAAAGCUUGAAAAUCCCUGACAAGUACUUUUCUUUUCUUUUUUUUUUUUUUUUUGAGACGGAGUCUCACUCUGUCGCCCAGGCCGGAGUGCAGUGGCCGGAUCUCAGCUCACUGCAAGCUCUGCCUCCCAGGUUUACGCCAUUCUCCUGCCUCAGCCUCCCGAGUAGCUGGGACUACAGGCGCCCGCCACCUUGCCUGGCUAGUUUUUUGUAUUUUUUUAGUAGAGACGGGGUUUCACCAUGUUAGCCUGGAUGGUCUCGAUAUCCUGACCUCAUGAUCCGCCCGUCUCGGCCUCCCAAAGUGCUGGGAUUACAGGCUUGAGCCACUGCGCCCGGCUGACAAGUACUUUUCAUCUCAUAGUAUAUUAGUUUUCACUCAUUCAUUUUACGAAUAGUUAUCCACUUAAACAUUUCAAUUAUUUUAACUGUCUUGAAAAUUAAAAUAAAAGAUUAAAAAUCCCCUU